AUUUAUACUACUAGUAACUUUUGAAGGGGCAAGGGAAAAACACAAGACGGCGCACAUAGAUUUUGUCGAAGAAACAUCCGAGGAACAAGGUUCUGUGCAGAGCGGGACUGUGAUUCAACGGGAGUAGAAUGUCUUGCGCCACCUUCAAUGUUGCAGCUUCUUUGAAUCUUCAUGGACGUACUAAGCAAGCAGUUUCUAAGCCAUUUGGGUCAAGAAAUCACUGUACUUUCCCCAAGUUUUCUUUUCUCUAUUCUGAGACCUUGAAUUUGAGCUCCACUUAUUAUAGUUUUGGCCGGGAUACACCCUCACGCUCAUUCCAUAGUGUUUUUAAAUGUCUUGCUCAGAAUUCAGAAUCAUCACCUUCUGUUAGCGUUGACACAAACAACAAUUCUCAAGAAAAGGUGACUGUUCUGGUUAUUGGUGGAGGGGGACGUGAACACGCUCUUUGCCAUGCCUUGCAACGAUCACCAUCCUGUGAGACUGUACUUUGUGCCCCGGGCAAUGCAGGGAUUGCUAGCUCAGGAAAUGCUACUUGCAUCUCUGACCUUGAAGUUUAUGAUGGAGCAGCAGUAAUCUCCUUUUGCCGGAAAAUGGGGGUGGGACUUGUUGUUGUGGGACCUGAGGCUCCACUUGUUGCAGGUCUUACAAAUGAGUUAGUUAAGGCUGGAAUCCCAACUUUUGGUCCAUCUGCAGAGGCUGCUGCUUUGGAAGGUUCUAAAAAUUUCAUGAAGCAUUUGUGUGACAAGUAUGAUAUUCCAACUGCCAAGUACAAAACAUUUACUGACCCAUCUGCUGCAAAGCAAUAUAUACAAGAACAAGGAGCACCAAUUGUCAUCAAAGCAGAUGGACUGGCUGCUGGAAAAGGAGUUACUGUUGCCAUGACACUGGAAGAGGCAAAUGAAGCUGUCGACUCAAUGCUGGUGAAGGGUGAUUUUGGUUCUGCAGGUUGUCGUGUCAUUGUUGAGGAAUUUCUAGAAGGAGAAGAAGCAUCCUUUUUUGCAUUGGUUGAUGGAGAAAAUGCAAUUCCACUAGAAUCUGCACAGGACCAUAAACGAGUUGGUGAUGGUGACACAGGGCCAAAUACUGGUGGCAUGGGUGCAUAUUCUCCAGCUCCUAUAAUAACUAAGGAACUUCAAUCUAUAGUAAUGGAUUCAAUUAUCAUCCCGACAGUAAAAGGAAUGUCAGCGGAAGGUUGCAAGUUUGUUGGGGUUUUAUAUGCUGGGCUUAUGAUUGAGAAGAAGUCUGGCAUGCCUAAGUUAAUUGAGUAUAAUGUGCGAUUUGGUGAUCCUGAGUGCCAGGUCUUAAUGGUUCGGUUGGAGUCUGAUUUGGUACAAGUUCUACUUUCAGCAUGUAGAGGAGAGUUGAGUGGGUUAUCACUGAACUGGUCUCCUGGGUCUGCCAUGGUUGUGGUAAUGGCAAGUAACGGAUAUCCUGGAUCAUAUGAGAAGGGAACUGUGAUUGAAAACCUUCAAGAAGCUGAGCUUGCUGCUCCAGGUAUCAAGAUAUUUCAUGCAGGAACUGCUUUUGACUCUGAAGGAAAAUUUAUUGCAAUUGGGGGGCGUGUUCUUGGGGUUACAGCCAAGGGAAAUGAUCUUGAAGAGGCACGUGAUCGAGCUUAUCAAGCUGUUGAGAAAGUUAACUGGUCUGGAGGCUUCUAUCGUCGGGAUAUUGGUUGGAGAGCCCUUCCUCAGAAACAAUAUGUUACAAAGGGAUAAACUACAGCUGAGUCCUAGAACAGUAAUAGACAUUGGUCAACACUCAUUAGUGGUAAAUCGUUUUACAAACAUUAGAAAGUCCCCAGUGUAAGAGGAUGGAUCUUGUCUUUUGUACUUUUCGGGUGUAACGGGAUUAGGUAAUGUGGUUACAUCAAGAGCUAUGGUGGGAAACCUCGUAAGAAUAAACAAUACUACCGCCCCUCCCAUAAAAAUAUGGUGUAUUUCUUCAAUAAAAGUUAACUUAUGUAUUAAGAUGUAUGAAGCAAAUCCUUACUCAUGACUUUCUUAUAGGUUGAAACUCAAAUGCAGAGUUAAAACUUGCUUACUAUAUCUAUUGACCCAUGACCCAUCCA